ACCUGUCAACCCAUACGUUUUACCCCGUAUUCUUGUACAGGGGAAUUGAGUUUUCAGCUCCAUACGGCGUACAGCCGUUUUAAUACGCGCAACAUUUGUGUUUGUCUUAUUGUUUGUGUUUCUCCCUUGUGGUGGGACUUUGUAGGAUGAACGUUGAGAUUUAUAAGGGACACGGGGUGACCAAUAAGGUCUGAAUUAAUCUGUAAUAAGGUAGGGACAACUGGGGUUGACAGAUCCGGGAAUGAUCCCGUUAUUCGUUAUGUUUGUAUACAGUACGAUGGGCUUUAAAUACCCCAGCUAUUAACAAUAAUACUCGCAAAGAUCACGCGUGUAUUUAGAGUGUUCAUACGUUAAGUACAAAUUUUGUACCGUGUACAUUUUCGUUUUGUUCAUUUUUUUUUGUUAAAUUCGCGGUGCUGUUCCGUACUGCAUUUUGAGAUUUUUUUUGGAAAAGCACGUUUGUAUUGAAAUGUAAUUUUGGUUUAUCUAGCGUUUAAUAUUAACAAUCUUUCGGGGUUUUUUUUGUUGUCUAAAAUUGUUGCUUUGUGGUUUCCUUCCAUCACGUUACAAUUGGUCAUUAAUGUAUCGUAUACAGUACAGUAUUCAUUUGAAACCGGGUAAAGAAUCCAACUGGUAAAAUUUAGGACAUCUGGCAGUACUUCAUCAUUGUGAGGGCAUUUUCCUAUUUAUGAGCCUCAAGGUUGCCUGCAUCGAUAAAUACUGCAGAAAAACCUCGGUGGGAAAUAUUUAUAAAGUAGUUGCAAUGUAUCGUUGUGGAUAAUACAGUACAGUAUAAGCAACAAAAUACAUUCCCAGACGUGGGAUAGAGCGAGGUUCAGGGUUAAAAGACAUGGCACGUGUAUAAUGUAAAGACUGUAUAAUCGUUGUUUGUGUAACUUCAUGACCCAUCCCGACUGGACAUCUGUGGAAAAAAAAGCUUCAUAGUUCAUCUGGCUUCUCCAGGAAAAGUAAAUAUUCUCAUUCUGACUGAAUUAUUGCCAGCAUUGAGCAAAUCAUUUACUUGGUGUCGAAUGUUCAUGGGGCUUAUAUGGACCCAAAACUAUACACGUAAUUAUUCGUAACCCCCUUGCAAAUGCUUGAAUUGUCUUGAUUCGAUUCAUGAAUCUGGGUUUACUGCCUCAUUUUAUAUUGUUUCUUGUUUUGUCUCAUUUAUACAGUUUUGUCCUCAUCAUUAGCCUGAAAUGUAACAUUAGCAAAUCGUGCUGCACACAAUUUCUUUCAAGCGUAAAUAACUCAGACACAUUAUUGCAUUACAUGCAUCAUAAGCAUACACAUUUAUUUGAAUCCAUGUAUCAUCGAUGCAUCGUUAAAUGCGCACAUAGAACCCGUUAUGUACGCGGAUCAGUCUUGAAGUUGGCCCAAAGAUCAGAACAUUCUAGACACCCGGUCUACAGAUCUACAUUCAAAUUCGCUUUUGCAAAACGGAGAUGGUGGCGAGAUAGUCAUGUGGGUGCGGAUUUACAGUCAGAGUUGUAUUUGCAAGCACCUUACGUGUGUGCACUUGGGAUAUCCAUGUUCUUAACUGGGUAUUGUGGUCGCCUUGGAUUGGGAGGACAAAGGCACUUUCCUCCUGGAAUUAAUGAGAGAUAAAAAAGACAAUUACUGAGACCCAGAUGGAGACAAAUUGGUGGAGCGACGGGAUUGGUUAUGGAAAAAGUGAGAUAAUGAAUGUCACUAGUUGGUGGAUAAUUUUGUAUAAUAUUCUGAGAGCAACAGCAUUAGAGACACGAGUAAGAGAUUAUUGUCCAGGGAAGAAGAAGAGAGAGGAGGAUGAUAUGAGGACAAUGAUAAAUCUAAUGAUGCAGAGAGCUUGGUGGUAUAUUGAGAAACAGCUAGAGAGGGCAGCUGGGAGGAGGGGCAAAGAGUGGGAGGGUGCAGAGGUUGGCAGGAGAGGCGGGCAGACGAUCGAAGCUGCAGAUAUUCAGGUUCGAGAGUUCGUGCCAGGGUCAGGAGUAACAGAGGCACGGCUGUGAAACGGUGAUGGACACGUCUAGUGCUCAAUGGUGCCCAUCACAUACCGGUGUGUGUGGCUGCUGUGGAGCUCUGCGACCUCGUUACAAGCAGCUAGUAGACAAUAUAUUCCCAGAGGAUCCUGCUGAGGGGUUAAUGAAGGCCAACAUGGAGAAGCUGACGUUCUACGCACUCUCCGCACCGGAAAAGCUUGACCGGAUCGGGGCAUACUUAGCGGAGCGGCUCAGCCGAGACGUGGCACGGCACUACCGCCAUGGCUACGUGUUUAUUGCCAUGGAGGCGCUGGACCAACUGCUCAUGGCGUGCCACUCGCAGAGCAUUAACCUCUUUGUGGAGAGCUUCCUGCGCAUGGUGGCGAAGCUCCUGGAGUGCAGCGAGCCCGAGCUGCAGGUUCUGGGCACCAACUCGUUUGUGAAGUUUGCCAACAUUGAGGAAGACACCCCCUCGUACCACCGCCGCUACGACUUCUUCGUGUCAAAGUUCAGCGCCAUGUGCCACCAGAGCCACGAUGAUCCGGACGCCACCAACAAGGUGCGUAUGGCUGGCAUCAGGGGCCUGCAGGGCGUCGUGCGUAAGACCGUGAAGGAUGAGCUUCAGGCCGACAUCUGGGAGCCGCAGCACAUGGACAAGAUCGUACCUUCCCUGCUCUACAACAUGCAGCACGCGGACCCAGCCGACAGCCGGUCCCCGUCCCCGCUGCAGGUGACGGAGAGGGAGCGAGACAGCCCCGCGUGUCUCGGGGAGAGCUGUCUGCGUGACCUGCUCGGCCGUGCCGCCUAUGGCAACAUCAAGAACGUCAUCCGGCCCGUCCUUGUACACCUGGACAACCAUCAGCUCUGGGACCCCAACGCUUUUGCUGUACGAUGCUUCAAAAUCGUCAUGUACUCCAUACAGGCACAGCACUCGCACCUGGUGCUGCAGCAGCUGCUCGGGCACCUGGACACUCACAGCAAGGACAGCGCCCGCGUGCGUGCAGGGCUGGUGCAGGUGCUUGCCGAGACCGUGGCCAUAGCCGCCGGCGGAUCCGUGGGCCCCACGGUGCUAGAAGUGUGCAAUACGCUCCUCCGCCAUGUGCGGCUCAGUGUCGACUUCCAGCUGACGGGCCGCGGAGGCUCCCACGAGGACGAGGACACGGAGUACGAGGAGGAGAAGAUGUUCCAGGAGUCGCUCAUCAAGACCAUCGGUUCAUUUGCCACCACACUGCCCAACUACCAGCGCUCAGAGAUCAUGUUCUUCAUUAUGGGCAAGAUGCCUCUUCCAGGGUGCCAGCCCAGCCUCUGUGCUGGCCACGGCGGGCCAGACUCUGCGGUUCCUUUCAGGGAAACUCUUUCCCCUCCCUCGCCUCCCUGGGGCCCGUCCCUGUGCUUGGAGAGUGAGGAGGCCAUGUAUCUGAUCCAGACGAUGCUGCUGCGUUCUGUGCUGCAGGUGACGUGCGGUUACCACGUGUCCAACAUGACGAGCGGGCUGCCAUCUUCCUUCCUCGAGCCGCUGCUAUCCCUCUCUCUGCUGGAGCACCCCGACCUGAGGGUCAUCGUCAUGGAGAUCCUGCAGAGCCUGGUUGAUCGUCAUGGCAACCGACAAAAGUUUGCGAGCGUCAGUAUCUGGCCCGACAUCGCGGUGUUGAAUCUCAAGAUGGAGAAGUGUUCCCGCCAGGACGUGCUCUUCAUGAAGAAGCACAGCCAGCAGCUGUACCGGUACCUUUACCUCGCGAGCCAGCGGGAGGACAACUCGGAGAGGAACUUCCGUGCGCUCUUCGGGACGCUGGCCGUGCUGAGCGUGGAGCUGGCCGGCGAGGAGGUGGUGGUCGACCUCGUCCGUUUGGCCCUCGCCAUGCAGGAGGCAGCUCUGCAGGGCGAGGACGGGGCGCCCGUAGCCACGCGUUGUUCCACGAUGGCGCUCGCAGUCGCCUACUGCAGCCUCCUGAGCCAGCUCACCGCCGUGCCUGCCUUCUGCCAGCACGUUACGCAGGUGGUUGACAGUCGGAGCAAGAGGGCCCCGUACCUGCUUCCUGCGCACGUGUUCACUGAGAAUCCCAACUUGCCACGGACGUUGGACCGGUUGGAUCCUGAGCUGUUGCUGCUGUCGGCGAAGAUCGGAGAGGCUCUGGGCGGGAGCGGCUAUAGCGUGGAGCGACUGACGGUGCCUUACGUGCCGCAGCUGACCGAUGAGGACCGUUUGUCCAAGCGUAAAAGCACAGUGGACACCAUCUCCAUCCAGGUGGAGGAGGAGGCAAAGGGGAGCCCCAACCACGGGCAGAAAACCCCGGCGGAGGAGAUCACCUUUGAGAGCCUCAAGAAGGCGAUCGUGGAUAGCGCGAGCCGUGAUGAGCUGGAGAGGGAGCGGCGGCGCCAGGUGAUGGAGCGCUUCCAGAAAGCGCCGUUUGAGGAGAUCGCAGCGCAGUGCGAAGCCAGGGCCAAUCUCCUCCAAAACAAACUGAACCAGAUCUUCGAAAUGACCAUACGGCCUCCCCCCAGCCCUUCCGGCUCGGUUGGUGUGGGUGCCCACGGCCCCGCGUCCCGCCGCUCCGUGCCCGUCUAUGAGAUGUCGCUGCCCGACCUCUGCGUCUACUGAAGCCGGGGGUUCUUAUCCCCCUUGAUGCCCGCGGUCCACCUCGGUACAGUGUUGUUAAUGUGAAGUCGCCAACGCUGAAACGUCUCGACGGUGACCUCAGUUGAGCCGUCAUUCCGUCUCGCAGUCGCGAUUCAAUCCCGUUUAGGGAUUGAGCUGGACCAUCCUCAUGAUCCUCAUCAUCAUCAUUAAACCGUCAUAGUCGUUAACACGAGUAGUACCAUUUCGUAAGAAGUCAACAGUUGCCAUCCUAUGUUUAUACCGGCCCCUGCCAUAGGAAGGCGGAAUUCCCAUUGAUGGCUCGGGACCACCAGUGGAUAUGAGCAUCGCCCAACUUUUGCUUGAGCAGCGAGACGCUGACGUAACCAAGAGUGAAAAGUGCUUCCUAUGCCUCUGUGCCCAGGCGUCCUCCCACAGCUGCUGUUGUUACCGAAUCUGCUACUGACAGCUUCAACUGUUGACUUCCUGGAUUUGUCAAUUUUCGUGGCCGUUCGGGCUUACUCUAAGAUUCGUCGGUAGUUGCUGCUCUUCGCAAUGGGUUCAAACGAAAUGCUUUAUCUACAUUUAAUUCUAUUAGACUUUCAUUCGGCGUUUGCGUGCGUGUCCUUUCUUUGCAGUAUUAGUACGUAAACUACUCUCGCUUUAAAAUAUCCACGUUCUCUUAGUGAAUAUAUUUUUUUAACUCUUGCUUGCGUCGAUCCAUGGCCACAACAUUUUGAAGACGGCCGCACCCUCAGCAUCUUAGCCUGCGGUGGCUGUGACGAGGCUACUGCACGUUCUUCCUGCGUCACUCGUUGGCAACCCCUCCGUCCGUCUUCACGGCGGCAUUAUUAUUUGCCCCCAACGCACCUGGCCUUGCCGAGUGCAGAGACAAACAUCUUUCUUCGCAGGCACAUGGAGUGGGAUCUCUGGGCACCUGUGGCCCGCAUCCUGUGCACUCUAAAUAUUCGUCAUCUUCGCGGAGUGUGUUGUCUGAUAUAUUCUUACACUAAAGUAACAUAUCACUCCUCAUGCAUCGUCAUCAUCAACGUCCUGAUCAUCGGUGGCAGGUUGAAUUAGGAUGUGUUCUCCCCAGAGGUUGUGCACAACUUUUUACCGACGUAUUUGUGAGACGUUUGGUGAUAUUCUUGAACUAUUUAUUUUUACCAUGUCUAAACUUCAAUGUAGUUUAUAUUUUAAAAAGUGUAUACAUUUUUAUGAAAUUGGUCAUACUGAAGAACCACUUUUGCUCCACAUGGGCCUAUCUUUCCAUGUUUACCAUUAUUCUUUGCAUCACACAACUGGUGCACUCAUAAAGACCUCAGAAGAUGAGAAAGCAUACAUAUUCAUAUCAAGCACAAUUUUAGCUAAUGUACUUAAUGUAACAUGCGCCUUCAUGGUGGAUUCUCGGUAAUAGAUUAAUAAAUUAACAAAACAGGCUGUAUCGCCAAGCACAACUUUAAAACGACAUUUAGGUCCAUCACCCAAAUGUCGUUCUUGACCGAUGUUCCUGAUGUGGGACGGCAGGAGUCACCACAAGCACAGUUAAGCCUGACGGUGGGUGGCCAUGACGUGACUGCCUGUAACCCAGCACUGUGGAGGCAGCAGGGGUUGGUGGAUCACACACAGAUGUUGUGAAACUCCCCGUUGGCAUCGAGGAGGUGCCGUACCCUGGCUCGCCGGGAGAAUGCAGUCCGACAAAAAUGUGGACUCAACCUGUUCCGUCUGCGUGGGAUAGAGUGUUGCUCCCUCGCACGCCUGGGUUUUUUUCCGGGUGUUCUGGUUUCCACAUCUAAACACUUGUUAAUUGGCUAAUAACGCCUUAAUAUAUAGAGGACUGUAGAGCUUGUGGUGAGGGGGUGGGGAAUUUGGCUCCAGCUUUCCUUGUCUGUGGCUCCCCCUCGCUACUCCGAGUUGUCCUCUCUCUUCGGGAGUCAGCGGAUACUGUGCGGAAUGUUACAAAUUGACGUAAUUAUUGUUAUAAAGCGGCUUAUAACUAGAGCUGGGAAAAUUUACUCGGGGUGAUUAAUAGAAUAAAGAAUGUAAUCAUCUACUUUUUUGUGGCCGAUUACUCUGGGAACCUCGAAAGAAACGUGGCUGCCCCCCCCCCUACAUCCUGCUCCCAAAAUUAGGAAAACUCCCCCUACAAUCCGCACCCGGCAUGAUACGGCCGAUGACUCCGAUGACGUCGCCAAGCCACGCCCAUCACCUCUUGUCCAGUGACACACGUGGGAACAGAGGUGAGACUUUUUCACCCAAAAUAUUUUCCUGUUCGAUUGGGUAAUUAAUCCAAUUGUCGUUAUAUGAAUUACUUAACUACCAGAUAGCCCAGCUCUAGUUAUAUUAUCAGGCAACCCAGGAGCAUUUGUUUCUCUGGCCACCCUCUGCUGAUGAGACUCAUCGCAAGUAAGUGGAUCGAUUGGCGGUGACCCGGGUCGCCAUCGUGACCUGGGGUUGCCAAAACCUCCAUAACUUUGAAACCAGAAGGCCUAUGAAGACGGGAGAUGUCACUGAGCCCGAUACGCACUCCAAAUAUGGAAAUAAAAAACACGCAAAACACCCAUAAAUCAAGGGGGGCUGAUGGGGAUUUGUGCAUUUCAACGGCUGUUUAUUGCUUGUUUUGAAAGUACAUCGGGAUGCUGGUCUGGUCAUUCUCCAGCACGUUCUGCUUAUUACGGGAGCGGCCACUCCACUUGUCUGUGGGAGCGAGACCACUUGGAGGCAAUGGCACACCGGGCGCUCUCUUGGUACGGCCGGCGGUCACGGUCGUGCUGGCGGGAUCGACAUCGUCGUCCUCAUCAUCGCUCCCAGCGUCGCCCUCCGGCAGGACAGGGUGGUAGUACCAGCGAUGCUUCCAGAAAAAAAGCCUUAAACUAUGCCCGGCCCACCAAUAUUUUGCAGUGACCCGGGCUACCGCCAGUCGAUUCAAGUGACAAACGGUUCAGAGUUUGGCUGCUUUAACAAGUGCUUGUGGAAACCAUUGGUGAAGAAGGGUGAUUGGUCAACUUAUUUUAUUCUGCAUGCUGAUAUAGACUCUGGUACGUUCAUGUUAUUUUAUUGCUAUUUUGACAUUUUGUGUAAUCGUUAGCAUCUGGGCUGACACCGUCCGUGCGAGAAUCCGGCUGCGUUGGUACACGAACCCCUGACCUCGGAAGGUCUGGCGCAGUGCUCCAAAGCAGGCGCCCUCCAUCGUUUGACCGAUUGGUAAAUGUGGAACGGCGGCUUGUAGGGGUCCCCAUAAUCCCAUUGCUGGAUCCCCCUCCUCCUUCCCUGUCAUAUAUGUCCAUGUCAUGUAGGUACAUACAUUGCAUACCAGCAUAUUGUGUCUCAAUCUAGAGUCGUUAUUGACGAUUAAUCGUUUGUCAUCCGUGUUUGAAAAGACAUUCGCUCCAGUGUUUAUGGCUGAAGUAUUUUGUGAAGUGAAUGCCCCGUGUUGCCGUUUAACCUGCUUGUGUGUGCGUGUGUAUGUGAAGGUUUAAACUCGGUUAGUGGACGCGUAGGCUUGGGCACGUCUGUUGUUGAUGCCCGUGUUCAUGUGGUACGUGUGCGUGCGUAUGCGUGUGGGCGCGCGCGAGAGUUUUUCUUGUGCAAUAAACCGAGACGAUACUAA